UGAUUGUGCAACCUCGAAGCAGAAGACGUGAGCUUUUAACACGGGCGAGAAAUUCCCUUAUUUUAGCCUCUCCUGGAGCCUUUUGGGGGUUAUUUAUCUGCGGUUGAAGGUUUCUGUUACUUCGGCUGCGUUUGAGCUUCGAAAUGGCUGGAGAAGGUAGACAGAUGCCCAAGUUGGACCUACAGAAGGACAUACCAAAGCUCAGCCAAGCACAACUCGAUUACAUGAAGAUCGUUGAGAAUCAGAACAUGCAGAGAGUCCAGAAACUGGCGCUGCAGAGACGAAACAACAUCGCUGUGGGCUGUCUCCUUGGCGCAGGUGUUCUAGGAAUCUACGCGUACUCCAUCUACUCCGUCAAGCAAGAGAAAUUCCUGGACGAGUUGGAGUGACACUCACCCGCUUGCAAAACUAGAGCCAUGGGGUUGUACUUUCCGUUUCAGGGCACUUAGCGAUGCAGUAAUUGGUCCUUAUAUGUGGUCAUUUUACUGUCUGUCUUUGGGGAAUGUGGAAGUGGAGUCGUAAUUUUGAUUUUCUGUCGGUCAUUACAGAGAACAAUGGGAUUAGUCUAUUUUUCCGCAUUUUGUAAGAAGAAAUGUCGGUAUUAUAUAUUGGUUUUCAGUCUUCUAAAAAGUUAAUGGUCAGCUUGAGUAUUUGAAUAAAAUCCAUUUGAUAUGCAGUGUUCUUGUACCUCUUUCACAUUGAAUUAUUAGUAAGAGAACUGUAUAAUAUUAAUGUUAAAAGGGUUUCAUAAUUAUAUUGAAUGUACUUGUUGAUGGACAUGAGGUACUCUGUAACUGCUGACAGCAUUAUAUAGUAGCAUAGGUAUUUCAAAAAAUAUAUAUUUGUGUAUGACAGCUUCCUAUGUCAUUUAUGUUGAUUUGUAGAUGAUGGGCAACCACAUCAAUAAAUUAUGAAUGUGACUGUAAAUAAACGUUUUUCUUAAGAAAAA